GCCUCUUCCUGCGGGAGCCCCGCAAUUGCCGCCAUGGCGCCGCACCGGGCAGCAGCGGCCCCGUGUUCCUCCGCCGCCCUCCUUCUCCUGUCGCUGCUUCUGGCGGUGGCGAGCGCGGGCUUGAGCAGCUACUUCGGCACUAAGUCCCGCUACGAGGAGGUGAACCCGUACCUGGUGCAGGACCCGCUGUCGCUGGGUCCCACGGCGGCCGGGUCGCGGCUGCCCCCCGCCUGCGCCCCGCUGCAGCUCCGCGCUGUGCUCCGCCACGGCACCCGCUACCCCACGGCCGGGCAGAUCCGCCGCCUGGGCGACCUCCAUGCCCGGCUCCUCCGCCGCCCCGCCGCCGCAGCCUGCCCCGCCGCCGCUGCCCUGGCCGCCUGGCAGAUGUGGUACGAGGAGAGCCUCGACGGGCGGCUGGCGCCCCAGGGCCGGCGUGACAUGGAGCACCUGGCUCGCCGCUUGGCCGCCCGCUUUCCCGCCCUCUUCGCCGCCCGCCGCCGCCUGGUGCUGGCCAGCAGCUCCAAGCACCGCUGCCUGCAGAGCAGUGCCGCCUUCCGCCGCGGGCUCGGGCCUUCCCUCAGCCUCAGCGGGGACGAGGUGGAGGUCCAAGUUAACGACGCCUUGAUGCGGUUUUUCGAUUACUGCGCCAAGUUUGUAGCCUUGGUGGAAGAGAACGACGCGGCGAUGUGCCAGGUGACAGCCUUCAAAGAGGGGCCGGAGAUGAGGAAAGUCUUGGAGAAGGUGGCGAGUGCCUUGUGUUUGCCGGUGGAGGAGCUGAACGCAGAUCUUGUUCAAGUGGCUUUUCUCACCUGCUCAUAUGAGUUGGCUAUAAAAAAUGUGACCUCCCCUUGGUGUUCACUCUUCAGUGAAGAAGAUGCCAAGGUGCUGGAAUACCUGAAUGACCUGAAGCAAUACUGGAAGAGAGGAUAUGGCUAUGACAUCAACAGUCGCUCCAGCUGCAUUUUAUUCCAAGAUAUCUUUGAGCAUUUGGAUGAAGCAGUGGAAGAGAGCAAAAGUUCAAAACCUAUUUCUUCACCUUUGAUUGUACAAGUUGGACAUGCAGAGACACUUCAGCCACUGCUCGCCCUUAUGGGUUUCUUCAAAGAUGAUGAGCCUCUGAAGGCAAACAAUUACAUCAAGCAAACGCAUCGGAAAUUUCGCAGUGGCCGGAUUGUGCCUUAUGCAGCCAACCUGGUUUUUGUGCUUUACCACUGUGAUCACGCGAAAACCUCUGACGAAGAGUAUCAAGUGCAGAUGCUGUUGAAUGAACAACCGCUGGUGUUUCUUCACUCGAAUGAAACCAUCUCUACUUAUGCGGACCUCAGGGACUAUUACAAGGACAUCCUGGAAAACUGCCAUUUCAAAGAAGAGUGUGAAUUACCAAAAAUUAAUGUUACUGCUGUUGAUGAACUUUGAGGGAAUGAGAAGCAGUGGGGAUUCUGCAGAUCGACCUCAGUUCUGUUCAGUGGACAUUGUGGACAAGCACUUUUGAUGAUUCGCUGCUGCUGUGUUCAUUUUUUUAAACUUGCAGGUUCGAUGGGUUGUCUUGGUUAGCUCAUUGCGCUCUUUAUUUAUUACAUAAGCAGAAUUACAGAAACAAAUGCUGUAACAGGGAUGUUGCCGAGCAUUUGUAACAAAUAUGCCAUGCAAGAUAAAGCGUACCUAUGCGUUUAUAUGUAUGAAUAAGUAAUUUAAUUGAUCAUUCCUCUUAUGAAUGUGCUGUAGAUGGAUUUAUGAGCUGGGGCAGCUUCUGUUUUAUCAGAGCUGGUGGUGGCUGGACUGAUUCAGUGUUGCUUUGUGCUGCUUGUUUUGCUAGCUACCGUUUUCCUGUGGCAGGCGUGAAAUAAUUUGAACUUCUGAGCUUUUUUACCCACUUUUCCUGAGCCUCUAGGAGGGAGAGGAUACAUAGUCCUUCUCCGCAGCUUCUGCCGGGACAGCACCACACAAACAUGUCUUUCCUGGGCAUUUAGAGCCUGAAAAGUCAUCGUUGACCAAUCCUGCAAGACAAGUUAACCUCCAGGGUAGGUAAAUUAACCCUAAAUCCAGGCAAGUUUUGCAUCGUAAAAAGGAUCUGACCAAGACUUGGCUCUCUUUAAGGCACCAAAUGGGUGUCCCUUUCAUAGACCUUGUACAUUUGAUGUGCCACCUUGUUCUUAAAAUGAAGCUGGUUUUAAAGAAAUUGAUUGCAUACACGUGCUGGUGAUAUUUUAUUAAAGCAACUGCACUUAAAGUAGGUUCACUUGCUAUUAAAAUCAGGAAGUUAGAGCUCUGCAGUGAGAUAGAAAAAAGAAGAAUGAAGAUAAUUGUCCAGAAAUAUCUGAAAUGCACUAAGGCAGGAAAAAUUCCUUCACUGCCCAGAAGGGAAUGGCUGCGCUAAGAAGUCACGCCAAAGCAAAUGAUUUAUGGUGCUGGUAGCUGUUGAGGAGUGUACUCGCACCCUCUAACACGUGUUCAGAGCUCACCCUGUAAAGUGAGGUGUAGUUUGCUAGGGAGGGGAUGAAAGGUUGGUAUAAGUGAUUACCACAGAGUAUCAGCUGCGCUAUAAACCUUUAUAUCCACAUUUGCUUCAGGUUAACUUAUUUUUGCCUCACUGUCAGAACCGGGCAUUUAACUGAUGCGAACACAAACCAAAAAAAAAAAGUAAAGAGAAAGCCAAAUUGGCUCAAAGUUGAGAAGUUAAACAGAUUGUAAAAUUUAUUGUGGUUUUCUUUUUUCUUGAGGACUUAGGCUUCUGUCACUUUUUAGUACAGCUGGUACAAAAGUGCUUAAGGUUACAUAUCUAUAAGUCCUGGAGCAAUUUGAACUGUUGAACUCCAAGUGAAGGGCUCUUUCCUAGGCUGGGGAUGAGGUCCAGUUUCAUUAGUGCCCCGUUUCUGUGGAGACCAUGAUUCUGAUUGCUGAAGAUACUGAUGAAAACUGGUGGGUUUUUCAGCAUUAACAUCCCAGUGCAAUAUCUGCCUGCGUUAGCUCUGUAGGUCUUUUUCUGAAACUGGUAGAAUGGUUAGGGAGGAGUAUCGAGGCUGGAACAAAUGUAGGAAUGUAGGUCAGGAGAGUUGUCGGCACCGGCAUAUGACUUUUACUGCUACCUGCGCUUUGCAUGUCUCCUUUUUUCACAUGAUCCUACCUUGAGACUGAGUCAGCUGAUCAUAAAUUAUGAACUUUGUUGCAACAUUUGAGAAAUGAACCUUUGUUUGAAAGCAGUUAAGUUGGGUAAACAGCAGACGCAAUGGUAUAAAAUCCACAUUUAAACAAAUAUUUCUUUUCCUGUGAGUCAGUCGUCCUGCGGUGAUUCAGGAUUCGAACAGCAGGGAUGAAAGCCCGCUUGUUGGAGGGGAAUGGAGGACUUCUGUUCGCCAGCUUGCCGAGACUGCUUCUAAGGCAUCCCGUGUAAAAGAUAAGCCAUUCUUCCUUAUGGAGAAGGAGUAUGUUGCACUUGACUGCUUUUUUUGUUCAUGCGUGAAGUGGAGAAACCAAAAAACUUCCUUCUACAGUGAAGCAUCAUUUUCUUCUGCGUUACCAAGUUGAUUUGAGGCUUGAAUUCUGUGCAAAAGGCUUCAGAAGCUGCUUCCUAUUUUGCCUCGGGGUACAGGUCCAUCCCAUCUCCAGCAUAACAGAUGCAUCCGUGGCAGCAAUUAACAGGAAAGGAAAAUGUGCUCAUUGGUUUCAGAUCUAUAUGUAGAGGAUGCGCUGACUCACGCCUUUGGCAGAAUUAGAGGCUGAAUGUGCAAACUUUGCACAACUGUAGUGUUUGGACAUGUAAACGUUCUAGGGACUGAUUCUUACCAUCAGGGAGGUGAUUUCAGGAUGACCCUUCUAUUUAAUAAAUGUAUAAAUUUGGUUAUAUACCAAAAAUGAAAUAGAUCAAAAUAUUUCCAUCAAGUUGGGCGCUAGCUUAGUGACCAGCAUUGAACAGGCUGCUGCAUCUCGUGGCACCGUGGAUUACCACUUCUGGAAAAGUCCUGAUGGAAAAAAAAAUAAGGUUUUCUCUUCUUCCUUCGUGUGGCUCUGGACAAAACACCUCAUCUCAGUCAUCUGUUGAGGACUUUGUUUCUAAACUGGAAGCUUUCAUAGAUGAAAAAUACCCACAGUGUUCUUGGAUGCUGACCUUAAAUGUGUUUGAAAUGCAUUUUAUUUUGUUAAAUGUCUAAAGCUUCACUAAUCCAUCGGACAAAUUCAGUUUUUCCUCCUAGUAAGUACUGCUGCUGUGAUUGCGGUUAGUAUUGAUCUGUCAAAUCACUGGAUGCAAUUCACAUUUGUAAUAAUACGGUACUAACUGGAUGAAUUUUGAGAACUUGUUCCGGCUUUUUAGCGCUGUGAAAUAAAACUGCACACUUUCUUCAUCUCUGUUUUAUGAGUAGUAAUAAUGACAUCAUCUUCAGUAUCAUGGCUGUGUUCUGCUUCAAAAUACAUUUGAUAGGUUGCUAUUA